GGAAAUGUGGUUCUCUUUGUCAAUGGGAGGAGGUAAAUCCCAGGCUGCGUGCCUGUUUGCAUAUGCGUUGCGGUGUAGAUUAAGUGAAUCGUGAGGGUUGGUUGAAAGCUGGACCUUUCCACCAAGCGAACAAGGAUUUUUUUCACGACCAAAGUCAAAAGUACGAACGAGACGACGGUCGGAAAACGUUCGAAAAUGCGAGAGAGAAUCCAGGAAGAGAGCGCGUGCCCAUUAAAAAAUGAGCGCGGGAUUCUCUUUAUGCCUUACUAACACUUGUGGCAUCACGGAGGAGAAACUUUGACACCGACUGGCUGACAGUCUUUCCUGAAUGGGCUGAGGUGAAGCGGUAUAUAUUUGGAGGAGAGAAUCCGAGGCAUUUGCAGACGUUCAAAAAAGGAGGGGGCGAGGGGCGCAAAGAAAACGCCCUGCUGCCACUGCCCGUUGCCGUUAUCUUCAAAUUCAAACUUUAUCGUCGACUUUGAACAUGCAUCUCCCAUUUAACGGGAGAUGAGAUGGAAUAUGGAACGUUGUCUUUGAUACUUGAAAGGCUAACGUCUCUCUCUUUGUUAAGGACCGCUCUCUUGGCAAGUUUUUCGAAGUCUCGUUGCUUUCGGAAUAUUUUCCCCUCGUUGUUGCACUCUAUUCCCGUUGGAGACGAUCUGGGUGGGCUGGGAGCCCCGAAGCUGCCCCGCUAGGCCGAACAACGGUCGACGGUUCAGAUGUAAAGCUAAAGAGUCGGAGGGGGGAAAAAAUCAUCUAUUUUCUUGCUUUUGUUUGACGUGCGACGCCGCAGACAUGUCUCAGGGCGCCGAGAGGAGGAUGGAAAGCCGGCUGAAGAAGUUGGAGGACAUGAUGAGAAACCCCAGGUCUGCAUUGAAUCUGGAAAGUUUGCUGGACUCCUUAAAUGCUGUGGUCUUAGAUUUGGACUACCCUGCGCUUCGCAAGAAUAAAAAUAUUGAAACCUUUUUAAAUAGAUAUGAGAAUGUCAUAAGACAAGUUCGAGACCUACAGAUGAAGUCAGAAGACUUUGAUAGAGUUAAAGUGAUUGGCCGAGGAGCUUUUGGUGAGGUUCAACUGGUCAGGCAUAAAGCCUCUCAGAAAGUUUACGCCAUGAAGCUUCUUAGCAAGUUUGAGAUGAUCAAACGCUCAGACUCUGCCUUCUUCUGGGAAGAAAGGGACAUCAUGGCCUUUGCCAACAGUCCGUGGGUGGUGCAGUUAUGCUGUGCCUUCCAAGAUGAGCACUACCUCUACAUGGUGAUGGAGUAUAUGCCAGGAGGCGACCUGGUAAACCUCACCAGUACCUAUGAUGUGCCAGAGAAAUGGGCCAAGUUUUACACUGCAGAGGUGGUGAUGGCCCUGGAUGCUAUUCACUCGAUGGGCUUCAUUCACCGCGAUGUCAAGCCGGACAACAUGUUGCUCGACAGGCACGGACACCUGAAGCUUGCUGACUUCGGCACAUGCAUGAAGAUGGACUCUACCGGUAUGGUACACUGUGACACAGCAGUUGGAACCCCUGACUACAUCUCACCUGAAGUGCUGAAAUCCCAAGGAGGCGAUGGAUGUUAUGGGAGAGAAUGUGACUGGUGGUCUGUUGGGGUCUUCAUCUUUGAAAUGCUUGUUGGCGACACGCCAUUCUAUGCUGACUCUCUGGUGGGAACCUACAGUAAGAUCAUGGACUAUAAAAACUCCCUUAACUUUCCGGAUGAUGUCGAGAUCUCCAAAGAUGCAAAGAAUAUAAUCUGUGCCUUCUUGACUGACAGGGAAGUGCGAUUAGGACAAAAUGGUGUGGAGGAGAUCAAGCGACACCCUUUUUUCAGGAAUGAUCAGUGGACGUUUAACACCAUCAGAGAGACUGUUGCACCUGUGGUCCCAGAGCUGAGCAGUGACAUUGACACUAGUAACUUUGAUGAGAUUGAAGAUGACAAAGGUGAUGUCGAGACAUUCCCCACACCCAAAGCUUUUGUUGGAAAUCAGCUCCCCUUUGUGGGCUUCACCUACUUCAAAGAAGACCAGCUACUAAAUGCGUCCAACAACGCCUCAUCUACUAAUGAUAACUCCAAGGGAGAGUCUGUAGCAUUCCAGAAGAAACUUCGCCACUUGGAAGUCCAGCUAAAUAAUGAGAAGCAAGCCAAAGAUGAUCUUGAGCACAAAUUCAGAGCUGCCACUAGUCGUCUGGAUAAAGUCUCCAAAGAGCUUGAAGAUGAGGUGACCAGCAGGAAGAAUUUGGAGUCAAGCCUGAGGCAGCUUGAAAGGGAGAAGGCCCUUCUGCAGCACAAGAGCCUGGAGAGCCACCGCAAGGCAGAGAGUGAAGCUGACAGGAAACGAUGUCUGGAAAAUGAAGUUAACAACCUCCGCGAUCAGCUAGAUGACUUAAAAAGAAGGAAUCAAAAUUCACACAUUUCCAAUGAGAAGAACAUUCAUCUGCAGAAACAGUUGGAAGAAGCCAACAUCUUGUUGCGGGCUGAAUCUGAGUCUGCAACAAGGCUCCGUAAAACCCAGACAGAGAACAGCAAACAGCUGCAGCAGCUAGAGGUGAACACGCGAGAGCUGCAGGACAAAUGCUGUCUACUGGAACGCAGCAAGUUAAGCCUAGAGAAGGAAUGCAUCACCCUGCAGGCUGCCCUGGAGACAGAACGCAGGGAGCACAGCCAGGGCUCAGAGACCAUCAUUGACUUGCUGGGGCGCAUCUCUGGCUUUGAAGAGGAGGUGCAGCGGCAGAAACGAGCUCUUUCCAACACGGAGACUGAGAAGAGGCAUCUUCAAGAGAAGCUCACUGACUUGGAAAAGGAGAAGAGCAACAAAGAGAUCAAUUUGACCUACAAACUCAAGGUGCUUCAGCAGGGGCUAGAGCAGGAGGAAAACUCCCAUAAAGCCACCAGAGCUCUGCUGGCAGACAAGAACAAGAUGAAAGUAACCAUCGAGGGUGCCAAAUCAGAGUCCAUGAAGGAGUUGGAGCAGAAGCUGGCAGAGGAGCGAGCAGCCAAACUGCGGCUGGAGAACAGAAUACUUGAACAGGAGAAGCACAGCAGCAUGAUGGACUGUGACUAUAAACAAGCCCUUCAGAAGCUGGAUGAGCUGCGCAGACACAAAGACCACCUCACGGAGGAGGUGAAAAAUCUGACGCUGAAGAUUGAGCAGGAGACCCAGAAACGUAACCUGACUCAGAACGACCUAAAGGCCCAGAACCAACAACUGAACUCUCUGCGAACGUCCGAAAAGCAGCUUAAGCAAGAAACGAAUCACCUACUGGACAUGAAACGCAGCUUGGAAAAACAGAACCAGGAGCUGCGCAAAGAAAGACAAGACGCAGACGGGCAAAUGAAGGAACUACAAGACCAGUUAGAAGCUGAACAGUAUUUUUCUACUUUGUAUAAAACCCAGGUUCGUGAACUAAAAGAGGAAUGCGAGGAGAGAAAUAAACUCUAUAAAGAAGUGCAGCAAUCUCUUCGGGAACUACAGGAGGAGAGAGAUUCUCUGGCUGCCAAGCUGGAAAUCACGCUGACCAAGGCUGACUCAGAGCAGCUCGCUCGCUCAAUUGCUGAAGAGCAAUACUCUGAUCUGGAGAAGGAAAAAAUCAUGAAGGAACUGGAGCUGAAGGAGAUGAUGGCCCGCCAUCGUCAGGAAUUGUCUGAGAAGGACAUCACCAUCAAUUUGUUGGAAGAAGCCAAUCGGACCCUGACCACUGAUGUCGCCAACUUGGCCAAUGAGAAGGAAGAGCUCAACAACAAAAUGAAGGAAACCCAAGAAGAAACAGAGAAGUCAAAGGACUGGGAGCAGCAGAUCAAUCAGAUGAAGCACACAUUUGAGAAGCAGCUCCAGUCUGAGAGGACGCUGAAAACUCAGGCCGUCAACAAGCUGGCAGAGAUCAUGAACAGGAAGGAGGUCCGGGGUGGAAGUAGUCGCCGUGGCAAUGACACAGACAUGCGCCGCAAGGAGAAAGAGAACAGAAAGCUGCAGCUCGAGCUGAGAUCGGAAAAGGAAAAACUCAAUAGUACCAUCAUCAAAUAUCAGCGAGAGAUCAACGAAAUGCAGGCACAACUGGCAGAUGAGAGUCACAUGCGAAUUGAGCUUCAGAUGGCUCUGGACAGUAAAGACAGUGACAUCGAGCAGCUGCGGAAUCUCCUCCAAUCACUCAGUGUUCAGUCAAUAGACUCUGCCAGCGUCAGUAGUGGUCCGGACUUUGAUGCUGAUGAUGCCUUUACAGAAACGAGGCUUGAAGGGUGGCUGUCCCUCCCUGUGCGGAACAACACCAAGAAGUUUGGAUGGGAAAAAAAGUAUGUUGUUGUGAGCAGCAAGAAGAUUCUCUUCUACAAGAGUGAACAAGACAAAGAGCAGUCCAUCCCUUAUAUGGUGCUUGAUAUAGACAAACUCUUCCAUGUGAGGCCUGUCACCCAAACAGACGUGUACCGAGCUGAUGCCAAAGACAUUCCAAGAAUAUUCCAGAUUCUUUACGCCAAUGAAGGGGAGAGCAAAAAGGAGCCCGAAUAUCCUGCAGAGCCGCUGCCAAUCGGUGAAAAGUCCAGCUACAUCUGUCACAAAGGCCACGAGUUCAUCCCCACACUGUACCACUUCCCCACCAACUGUGAGGCAUGCACCAAACCGCUAUGGAACAUGUUCAAGCCUCCGCCUGCUUUGGAAUGUCGACGCUGCCACAUUAAGUGCCACAAGGACCAUAUGGACAAAAAGGAGGAGAUCAUUGCUCCUUGCAAAGUGAACUAUGACGUGUCGACGGCGAAGAACCUGCUGCUGCUCGCCAUGUCUCAGGAGGAGCAGCAAAAGUGGGUGAGCCGCCUGGUUAAGAAGAUUCCCAAGAAGCCGCCACCUCCGGAGAACUUUUCCCGCUCCUCACCACGCACUUCCAUGAAAGUCCAACCCAGUCAGUCCAUUAGGAGAGCCAGUCGACAGCUCCCCACCAGCAAGAGCAGAUCAAAUGGCCUCAAAUUGAUGCGAGAAAACUCCAGCAGUGGACUAUGCUAACUUUGUGCAGGAAAAGUGCGUGCGUCUUGAAGAUGCUCCCUCUUAAAAUGAAGACUUUAUGACAAAGCUCCACUGGCCAAAAAGCACACUGACCUUCACCUUUCCACGGGUCACCCUCCUGCUUGACGCCACGACUUCCAGCUCAUCUCUAUUCAAGGUGACGUGGCCGCUCGAGAGCUUGGCAGCCCUCGAGGCGACGGGGGAGCAUUUGACGCAGACUUUAAAGUGCGUCUCGGAGGGAUUCGGGGCUUCCACAGAGAAAGAUGAGUUGCGCAUUCCGAAACGCUUGAUUGAAGGACGCUCAUCUCCUCCCCUUCUUCUUCAUUGUGGACUGUUGCCAAAAAAUAUAUUGUGCGUUAUCGUUGUCAGUAACAUGAAGGGGUGUCCUGUGGAAAACAACACAAAAAAAAGAUAAUAAAAAUCCUGUUGUUGGUGUAGUUCAGCACCGUUUGACAUUCAGCAUAGCUUUCAGAUGUGUUUACACUGCUCACAGAAACUUGAAGAAGCGACUUUAGCGAAAGAGCCACCAAAGCGCUGUUUAUUGCAAUCUUUUCUGUCCGACGUGAACAGAAAACACUUUGAAUGACGGCUCCUGUUAAUCCCACCGCUCUGCACUGUCAGCUCAGCGUUUUAUUGUUUUACUGAAUUAAAGGGAUUGUGCCCUCCUUGCUUUUCCUGAUCCAAGCUCAGCACCUGCUGUUGUUUGAAUGUAAAAACUGGCAUGUACCAGAGUCAAGACACAAGCAUUGUAUUCCUUGGAUCCAAAUUUACUCGUUACUUCUUGUCACGCACGUACGCUGCGACACAUUAAGAUGUGCGUCAUUCACAACGAGAAAACUGAAGGAAGUAUACCAAAAAGCAGAGUCAAAAUCCAGUUGAUGUACUGAAAAGCACUAUUGCAUUCAAAGUUUUGCUUCAAAGGUGAUUCUUGUGAUAUUUUUGUAUUAAAAGAUACCAGAUGUUAGUUUGGGCACAUUGUGUUUGGAUGUGGCUUUUAUAUAGCAAGUGGAGAGACACAGAGUGUGUUUGUGUACGUGCGAUCUCCUUUAACCUUCAAGCAUGUUUUAUACGUAUACAUAUACACAGUAGUAUACAAAAUACAGUAUAUAUUUUACAUGCCAUACAGUGCACAUAUUAUUUAUACAGCUGUCUUCACUUUGCAUUUAAGGGUUUUACAUCCAGACUGCAUGUUGGCUACCAAACAGUUCUCUAAAAUAAGCACUUCAACAAUAAAGAUGUGGAUGUGCCUUUUG